GUGUAUAGUCUGGCUGCAUCAGGAUGACUAGCAGAUGUCGGAGCGCAUCGAUAAGUUCUCAGCGUGUUGUUGCAGCGUCAUUCUGUUUGAAUGAAGUUCAGAUUGAGAACUAGCCAACUCUUCAUUCGCGCCCCGGUGGACUGAAACAGGAAAAAACAAAGGAGUUGAGGAAAUAAAAGGUUGCCAAAUAUGCCGGUGUUUACAGUAAAUGUGAAAUGGGGCAAAGAGAAGUUUGAUGCUGUAGAGCUGAACACUGAGGAGCCACCCAUGGUUUUCAAGGCUCAGCUCUUCGCUCUGACAGGAGUCCAGCCAGACAGACAGAAGGUCAUGGUGAAGGGAGGCACUCUGAAGGACGAUGAAUGGGGGAACAUUAAACUGAAAAAUGGGAUGACUCUGCUGAUGAUGGGUUCAGCAGAUGCCCUGCCUGAGGAGCCUGCUGUCAGGCCCAUGUUUGUAGAGGACAUGACUGAGGAGCAGCUGGCCUCAGCGAUGGAGCUACCUUGUGGGCUGACAAACUUGGGCAACACCUGUUACAUGAACGCCACAGUGCAGUGUCUGCGCUCUGUGCCAGAGCUCAAAACUGCUCUCAGAAGGUACUCAGGUGCUCUGCGAUCUUCAGGGGCAAAUGCACCAUCACAGUACAUCACAGCAGCCCUUCGUGACUUAUAUGAGACCAUGGACAAGACCUCGUCCAGCCUCCCACCCAUUAUUUUGCUGCAGUUCCUUCACAUGGCCUUUCCACAGUUUGCUGAGAAGGGAGAUCAGGGACAGUACCUCCAGCAGGAUGCCAAUGAGUGCUGGCUGCAGAUGAUGAGAGUUCUUCAGCAAAAGUUGGAGCCACUAGAGCCAGAGACUCCCAUGGAGACUGACUCUGAGAGCGGAGCUGCCUCCGCCUCUGCGAAGAAGAAUUUCAUCGACCAGUAUUUCGGCGUAGAAUUUGAAACUACUAUGAAAUGCACAGAGUCCGAGGAGGAGGAGCCAAUCAAGGGCAAAGAAAGCCAGCUCCAGCUCAGUUGCUUCAUCAACCAAGAAGUCAAAUACCUUGCAACAGGACUAAGGCUAAGACUGCAGGAAGAAAUAACAAAAAUGUCUCCAUCCUUGGAGAGAAAUGCUCUGUACAUAAAAUCUUCAAAACUCAGCCGUCUCCCUGCCUACUUGACUGUUCAGAUGGUCCGUUUUUUCUACAAAGAGAAAGAGUCUGUCAAUGCAAAAGUCCUUAAGGAUGUCAAGUUCCCACUCAUGCUGGAUGUCUAUGAGCUGUGCACCCCAGAGCUCCAGGAGAAAAUGCUGCCAGUCAGGUCAAAGUUUAAGGAGAUCGAGGACAUGAAGCUAGAGAAACAGCAGCAGAAGCCGGUGAAAAAGCCAGGUGCAGUGAAAGAGGUGAAGCACGAGCCUUUCUCAUUCCCUGAAGACCUUGGUUCCAACAACAGCGGCUACUACGACCUGCAAGGCGUGCUGACACAUCAAGGCCGCUCUAGCUCAUCAGGUCACUAUGUAGGAUGGGUCAAAAGGAAAGAAGAUGAGUGGGUCAAGUUUGAUGAUGACAAGGUGAGUGUGGUGUCUCCAGAGGAUAUCCUGCGACUGUCCGGCGGCGGAGAUUGGCAUAUAGCAUACGUUCUACUGUACGGCCCCCGGCGGCUGGAAAUACUUGAAGAGGAACAGUAGCUGUGGAAGAUUUCCUAGAAGACAAAGACGUCAUCCAACACACAUACAAAUUGCCAUUUCCAAGCACUGUCUGCAUAGAUGUGCAAUAAAACUGGUGUCUUUAAAAAUUU